UCUACCGUAGGGCUACAAAAAUGACAUAGUAACAAGAAAGGAAUGGAUUUACACCAUUUUGUCUCAUUCUCCGGGGCCUGCGCCAUUCCUCCUCCCUUGACCCCAUAAAGCUCACUCAGAAAACGUCGGUUAAACCCACGCAAACGGCACUUUAUUAGAAAUGUAACGCCUGCUCUCCUGAAGAAGCUGCGCUGGGGAGCACCAAGGAUCGGGUGGAAAAGACUCCACCACCAAUUAGAAAACGAUUACUGCCAGCAAGCGGGCCUCGCCGCCAGGGACCCCCGCCGCCAGCGACCCCGGUGGGGACAGCACCCCCGGCCCCGCUCAAGGAGCGGAGCGGCCGGCCCCGGCGGCCCUGCGCCUCCCCCGCCCCCGCGCCUCGGCGUCUGACGUCCAGCGCGUCGGCCGCCGCGGAGCAGCGAGGGCAGCGGGGCGGCCGCGGAAGGGGUGUGAAGAGAAAAAAAAAAAAAAUGACACUCCAAUGGACGGCGGUUGCAACCUUUCUUUAUGCUGAAAUAGGACUCAUUUUAAUCUUCUGUCUGCCUUUUAUUCCUCCCCAGAGAUGGCGGAAGAUUUUUUCAUUUCACGUCUGGGGUAAAAUUGCAACUUUUUGGAACAAGGUUUUCCUUACUAUUAUAGUCCUCUUGAUUGUUCUGUUUUUAGAUGCUGUGAGAGAAAUACGAAAAUAUUCCUAUGCUCAUGCCAUUGAGAAGAGCUCAAUCAGCAGACCUAGUGCCUAUGAACAUACGCAGAUGAAACUUUUUAGGUCUCAAAGAAAUCUUUACAUUUCUGGAUUUUCGCUAUUUUUUUGGCUAGUGUUGAGACGUCUGGUUACCCUCAUUACUCAACUAGCAAAAGAACUGUCAACCAAAGGAGCACUUAAAACUCAAACAGAAAAUACUAACAUGGCUGCCAGAAAAUUCAUGGAAGAGAAUGAAAAACUAAAACGGCUAUUGAAAACCUAUGGCAAGGGAGAGCAACAUAUGUUGGAAGCAGAAAAUAAGAAACUAGUAGAAGACCAGGAAAAACUGAAGACUGAAUUAAAGAAGACUUCAGAUGCUCUUUCUAAGGCACAAAAUGACGUGAUGACAAUGAAGAUGCAAUCAGAGAGACUUUCAAAAGAAUACGAUCGACUCCUGAAGGAACAUGCAGAACUUCAGGAUCGUGUAGAAAAAGGCAAGAAAGACCUGUGAACUUUGUGAAAGAAGAUUGUGAUAUACUGUGUCAAGAUGAUUCAUUGGUUGUCAUGUUAGCCUCUAAGAAAUUUACAGUUCAGUUCAGAAAAAUGCACUGUAUAUGACCAGCCAAUAAUUCUUUUAACACCACACAUAGGCUGUAUGGUAAUGGCAUUGUCACAGUAUUUGAUGAUGUUUCAGAUAUAUUGUAAAGUCUGUAUUCCAGCUCUUAAGAAA